CACUUCAGUUGUCAAAUCCAGCUGUUACGAGCUGUGCGGCGGUGCAUACGUUGCUCGUCAAAUUAUUAAAUAAAUACAAUCGCUAUUAUUAGUGCGACUAUUGUUACUUGUAGUCUACAGAGUUUGUGUUUAAUUUAAAUAAGUGAUAAUGGCACAAUCAGCUGUAGCACCGCCGAAGGAGCGAUAUGUGCCGAACGCGCUUAAAUUCGCUUUCGGCGGCCUUGCCGGAAUGGCAGCGACAUGCGUCGUACAGCCACUGGAUUUGAUUAAAACUCGGAUGCAAUUAAGUGGAGGUGGUCGCACCUCCUUCGCUGUGGCGGGAGAAAUCGUAGCCCGGGAAGGGUUUGUGUCACUCUACACGGGGCUGUCAGCUGGUCUGCUGCGCCAAGCGACAUACACGACCACCCGUCUUGGAGUCUAUAACUACCUCUUUGAUGCCUACAAAGAGAAAAAUGCCGGGGCAGCCCCUGGCUUCGGCACUAAAACGCUGCUGGGCGUGGCCGCCGGCUCCAUCGGCGCCUUCGUGGGCACCCCGGCAGAGGUCGCCCUUAUCCGCAUGACAGCUGACGGCAGACUGCCCAAGGAGCAGAGGAGGAACUACAAAAAUGUUGCUGAUGCUUUGAUCAGAAUUGUCAGAGAAGAGGGUGUUCUGAAGCUAUGGCGCGGUGCCAUGCCCACCGUUGGACGUGCUAUGGUCGUGAACGCGGCGCAGCUCAGCACAUACUCACAGGCUCGCGAGAUGUUCGUCGGCUACGUCCCGGACGGCAUCAUGCUGCACUUCUGUGCCUCCAUGAUAUCUGGACUCAUCACUACUAUUGCCUCCAUGCCCGUCGACAUCAUUAAGACUAGGAUACAAAACGCGGCUAAGGGCCAGAGUCAGCUGACAGUGGUCACAACUCUCCUCAAGAACGAAGGUGUCCUGUCCCUUUGGAAGGGCUUCCUCCCGUACUACGCGCGUCUCGGACCCCACACAGUACUAACAUUCAUCUUCCUCGAACAAAUGAACUCGGCUUACUUCAGGCUCACGUAACUUGACAAACGAAAAUGAACGCUGAGGUAAGGUGUUAAAGUCGAUAGUCGAUUGCCAUCAAAAUGUAUAAUCGGAAAUUUUGAAUUGUGGAAUGUUUUGUUCAGAAUGUACAGUCAGUAACAGAAUUCGCUUAAACAAACAGAUUUAAAAAAUACGAAAUCAAAUUAAAAGACGUUAUUGUACUAUGAGGAAUAAAAUAGUCUUGACACUUGAAGCCUCAUUCAAAUUACUGAACACCAAUUUCUACGUGACUCAAAAAACUGAUACUUUGUAAAUCUGAUUGUGAUAACCGGCUUUAUUGCUAGCUGUACUAAUUAAGUUCACAUUUUGAACUGAAAUGUUCCAAUGUAGAUAUCAUGUACAUAAAUGUUGACUAUUGAUAAUAAUAUGUAAACAUUCGUUCUGACUAUCGUAAAAUAUGAACCUAUUUCUCAGUGUGAAAAAAUCCAUCAUCCUGUACUUUUUUUACAACAUUAAUUUAAUAUCAAUGUUCUUAAAACAUUCUUAUUUAAAUUAACUCGAUUUAUAAAUAAGAAAUCACUCGAUUAAGUUAACAUAUACAUUUCAUAACGUAUUUAUAUAGAAAAUGUAUGAAUAUUUAAAGUAUAAAUGCAGUUAUAAUAUACUUCUUUUACGCUAAACUUCCAUGUAUAAAAAUGUGUGCUCUUGUGUAUGAAAUAGAUAUAUUUUUGUACCGGCCAGCUAGUUACUGAUAGCGUAUCAUCGUGUUAAUGACUUGUGUUGAUAAAUCCAAUCUGUUUAUCGCAUAUUUCGUCAUUACGUUACGUUUGAGAUCGUAAAACGUAAUGACUGAAUGAAAUAUUCGAGUAAGAACCGGGAAAAUCUAUUUUGGAACUUCGAUCGAAUGUUGCAGUUAUUUAAAACCUUUUUUUUGUAAUUUCUCUGUUGUCUUAUGAAAGUACAAGUUUAAUAUAGAUGUAAAAUAGGUCUCGAAUACAUUUUGAAUAUAACCUUGAGCUUCUAUAGCUAUGUUCUUUACAAUGUAUACAUAAUAAUGCAAAUUAACUGACCAGUAGGUAUAAUAUGUACUGGUAAGGGAGCACCAUUUGAAAUAUUAUAUGAGCAUAAUUAAUAUUCUAUAAUAAUGUAUUUAUGCUCAGUUUUAAAUAUAUGUAUCUGUAAGUUAAUAUGUAGCAUAGUCACAAAAUUAUGAUUUUCAGGGAUUAGAUAUUGAUUAAAUCAAAACGAGGUAAAAAAUGCUUAUAAGACCAGUGAUUUUUUAGGUAUUCACUUUUUUAAUUUGAAUAUAACGCACAAAUUUAAAAAUCUUUGUUAAUCAAAAAUAAGUAAAAUUACUGUAAAAUAAAAUCGACCAACCAUUUUUUAAUACCUGUACCAUACUCUAUAAAAUAUAUCAAAUAGAUCUACCAACAAACGUAUUGUCAAAGAUAAUUUUAUUGCUAUCGCAAUAUCUCGGUUAACCGGUUCUAGCUUAGCGGCAAAGAUUAACUUACCGCUCAAACUAUAAUAUAUUUUAGUAAAUGUCAGCCUUAUCUUGGACAAUACGAAACCACUUCACUCAAAACCAUAUUUGUUAAAGCACCACUUUAGGCUUAUCUAAAGUAAUUGAGGCUUUGUAUAAUAUCACCAUCAACAUAAAACCGCGCAACGCAUACUACAUUAUAAUCUUAAAAUACUGCAACUACGCCUCAAAGUCAUCCAAUUAUUUCUUAAAAUAAUUCAAUUAUUACUCAAAAUUAUUUAAUUAUUCCUUAAAAUAAUGCAAUUGUUCUUGUUUGUUAUUAGUUCAGUACACAAUAGCGUACGUUUAAUACUAUUAACUGUUGUAGUGUGUAUACACGUGUUUUUAUAAUUAGUAAGUAUAAUUGACAAUACGACAUGUCACAAUGUGACAUUAACUUUAGUAGCGAGUGAAAGCCGUCAUAAAUGUCUUUUUUAAUAUUACGCGGGCAUUAAAGAGUUAUUGUAUUUAUUUACUUAGAACCGAAAUUAUUAAGCUAUCUGUUCCUGGUUAUACCAGAUGCAAUUUAAAAUAAUGGAAAACAAAUUGGAUUGGUUAUUAAUUUCGAGCAUACAUUUAGUACAUAGUUUGCUAAUCACAUUUGGCUGAAAUGUUAAUCACUUUUUAAAUUUUAUAUUUAGUUUAAAUCAAAUACAUUUUGUUGUUACUUUUACAUUUCAAUCGUUAUUUAUAAGUACAAAUAUUUUUCCACAUAUUCGUUUCGUUUUUGGUGCAAAUGUACAAAUUUUGUUUUAAUAAGGUAGUUGAUUCAGAAUAUAUACUUAUAUAUUUAUCACAAAAAAUAAUUUUAUUAUUUUUGCAUACGAAUAUGAAACUUUUUGAUGGAUUUUACAAGUUACAUGUUAUGUCGACUUUAGAGAUUAAAUAUUGUUAUAGUUUAUUUACUUUGGCGCAAUCUAUUAUUUUACUUUUUAUAAGUUUUCUCUUUAGAUUUAUUAUUUGUUAAUUAAAAAUCAUUUUUUUACAAGUCUUCUAAAUAAUAAAAUCAAGCUUCUGUAUUUAUAUUUAAAAGCUUAACGAACAGAUUCAAUCAAUUUGGCCGGUAACAUUCACAAAUAAAAGUUUUGCUCACUGCAAAUAAUAUUUGAAAGCUUGUGCUGCGCGCAGCGAACAAUUGUUCAAGGACAACCAUUUGACCAUCUGUGGCUUACCACCUCUUGAAGUAAAUAUGUUUGUAAUUGUUAAAGAGAGAUAGCGCUCUACGUGAUCUAUGUAUUGCUCUCUCUCUUUUCUACAACUGCAAUAAUAUACGUAGUUAAGAGCCCUUUGAUCCUACCAUCUGUUCCUGAAGCUUCCCAUAAUUGUUAGACAGUAUAUUGUGAUAUAAUGCUGUUAUAUAUACUCCUAUAUUUUUAUAGCUCUGUAUGAUUUGUGACUAACGUGCGGCAAUGUUGUUAUAUACCUUAAUAAAAAAACAUUGUUUUAUA